AUUUAGACAUUUGGGAGAUUUUUUUUAAAUUUAUUUGCUGGGCGCCAUAGCUGAUGAAGGAAACGAGCGAAUGGGUUUUAUUUUUUUCUUCUUCCCUUUUGGUCAUUUUCUAUUUUUAUGGUUUUACACUUCCAUUGAGCUGCCCCAUCUACACACCCAACUAGGUGCUGUUUCUCUCCUUCUUCUUUUUCUGGUUGAGGAAAAAUCCAAUAUUUCAUCGCUACCCAUAUCGCCCUGCCCCUGCCCCUGGGCCGGGCGCUGUUGAAAAACACAUCCUCCUGAAAUUUGGCAUUUUUCUCUUCCGGGGGAUGGAUGGAUGCCGCCCUCCCAGGAAAAAGGCGAAUCGGGUCCAAAAAAGAUAUUUAGCGAAAAUGGCUACUGCUGAACUCAAGUCUUUAACCGAUUAGUUUUAUAGUACCUACUACAAUUUUCCUCCCUAGAAUUCUCUCUAGACGACAUUCCUCGUUCACAUUUCUUUUUCUUUUUUUUUCCGGGGCCGGCUUAUUAAAAAGCCAUCGGUCCCUUCAAAAGUAUGGGCCAGCUACUAUUGAAAUCUCCUCCAUCUAGUCGAGCAAUACGAUAAAAACGACUAAAAGGAGCGGCAAAAAAAUGUAUUUCCUUGAAAUAUAUCAAUCGGGGAAAACUAUUUGUGUCAGCCAACAGCCAACAGUUUGAAACAUUUCAUUGGCUUUUUUUGAUAACUCGUUAUGAAAUUUCCGUCGACAUAGUAAUCACGGCUCUAUAAUAAUAGUACAACGCAAGUUAUCGUUUUAUGACGAAAAUGAAAAUAGUUGCGAGAGAUAAGCGCAACCAGGGACUAGGGGAACUCUGUGACAUUUUCGGCAUUCCAAAAUCUCAACUUUUUGGUUUUAUUUCUUCUCUCGAUUUCAUCGCAACGUCAUAAAUGAAAUUAAAUCAAAAUUACGGGCUUAAGUGACGCAAAUGAAAACAUUUAAUCCCCCCCAAUCAAUUUAAUGUGCUUAAAAAAAUAAUAAUAAUAAUUAGUUUUCAAAUCGCAAUCGAGGGAGGGUCUCGAAUGAAAAGAAAUUGAAAUGAUAAUCGGUAAAUUCCAAUCAGUGACAUCAUCAUCGAAAAACAACCCAAAAACCAAAGAGAAGGUGCAAUGUUUUUUUGUUUUUUUUUUUUCCGGUUAUUUAUUUUCGUAUGUGUAUGUGUGUGUGCGUUGUUUUUUGUUUUGUUUUUCUGUUUGUGCGGGACUGUGAAUGCGAUGCCAUCGUAAAUUUUCUCUUCGGUAGAAAAAAGAAGGUCCUUGUUCUUCUUCCUGCCCGGUGGUGGGAGAGCCCGGCCGAAUGAAAUAGUUGCGCGAUUAAGAGAUUACACCAUCAGGGGGCAUUUUUAUGGGCACGAUCUUCAUAUUGCCUUUCUCUUCAGAGCCCCAGUCGCUCACAGCCAAAAAGACAAAACAAAAGAAAAAGAAAAAUAGAAAAAUAGAAAAUGUCUGCGUGUCCCCAAACGGCCACACACACAAGAGACGCAGAGGCAUUUUCGGCACCUCGAGAGGGCAGCACUGCAUGGCCAUGGUACCACCCACUUUUCUUCUCCUCUGCCAGCAGCAGCAGCAGCAGCAGCUCGGCGUCAAAAUUGUCUUUUCCCCGACGAGAGAGAAAAAAAGAAGGUGAGCUUCUCUCUUUCUCUCUCAUCGGCUCAUGUAGGUAGUAGUACGACACACAUAUAGAGAUGGUGGUAGGUGGUGGUGGUGUUGCCACCCGUCGCUCAGUCGCAGUCGAGACCGUUCGAGCGUUCAGACCUGCGCUUGCAUUCGUCCCGUUAUUUUUUUGAUUUGAUUCGAUCGUUUCCAACAACCCCGCGCCAGUGCCGUGAGUGUUGAGAGAGGAGAAGAAGAAGAAGAAGAAGAAGAGACUGCGACGAGCGUAUCGAUAAUGAACAAUCCGCCUCACAGCAGACGGAGAUGACGCAAGUCUCCCAUCAUCGAUUCGUGAUUGUUGGCAUCGCAGGCUGUGAGUGUCUCGCGUGUCCGCGUGGUUAGUGCGUGUCAGUGGUCGGACAACAAUUGACGACAACACACACUUGAGACACAUCCACCAGAGAGAGUGAGAGAAAUUCCGCAUUCCUCCCAAUUCUUCGUCGAGUUCCCCCAGACAAAAUCGAGUGGAUUCCCGCGGCCGAUUAGCAAUUCGCCAUCGAGUCAUGAUUGAUUUGACUGGGAGACGCUCGCCGCAUCAAAAUGCUCAAAACAAGUUACAAACGCGGUGGUAACGGUUAAGAAGAAGAAGAAGAAGAAGAAGAAGGAGAAUUAUUUUUUAAAUUUUAUUUUGAAUUUGAAAAGAAAAAUUCUUUGGGGGGAGGAGGGCAAACGGAGAAGAGAAAAACGGCCGGACACUUUGGAUUAUACAGCGGAGACGACGGCCAACGCGCUUCCAACGCCCCCGGAAUUGCUGGGCGACCUUUCUCACCUCCUUUGCACAAUAAUUUAAAAAAAACUGACGCAACCUAGAAAAAGCUGAUGCAAGGGACGAACAAACAUUUCAUCGCGUGCGUGAAUCAGUGCCAAUCGAAAUCGAGUGAAAAACAAAUUGAAUUAAAAACAAAAAAGUGCCGCUUCCGGAAUUGAAAUUCUAUUCACGACAUUGAGUUCUUAACUUGUCUAUACCUGCUGGCCCUCAUUCGUUCUGGGACGACGGACCAUGAGGCUGGCCAUCGUCUGCUUGAUUGCGGCAAUCAUGCUCGUCACUGCGGCCGUUGCUCGAUCUUCUUCUAGUCACAAAGAGGGGAAACGUCACCACCAUCCGCAACAGCCAAAGUCUCACAAGGCAACCGCUGCCGUCGAUCUGGCCAGGCAACUGGAUCGCAGCUGGAACAACAUUACGACAUUUCCGACGAUGAUGGACGGAGAGGAAGGAAUGACGCCUACCCAGCCGGAGAGGAGCAUCGGCGGAUCGAAAAGGAAGAAAACGGGCAGCGGCGGGAAAAGCAAACAGCAGCAAGAGUGGGGCAAGAAACACAAGCGGAAGUUGGCCUCGCUGCUCAGUUUGGCCGAACAGGAUCGCAAACUCUCGCUGAUGCACCUGCCGCGACUGCCGGCAGCCACGACGACGUCGGCCCGAUUCGCCGCCGAAAAGAGUCACUCGACGGGCUUGGAAUGCUGCCCAACCGUCGUGGAAAUGGUCCAGCCGAGCGGCGGCACCAACAUGGAGGGUCACGUGGUUGAACUCUACCGGCACGGGGACCUCGACCAGAGAAUCUACGAGCAUUCGUGCCGACCGGACGUGCUCAACCAGCCGUGCCGAUUCGUCGAGAAACUUUUACGUCCACUCUCGCGCUGCGUCCAGCAGUUCUCCUUCACCUACGCCGUCGUCUCUGAUCAUCCGGCAGGAGAGGAGUGGCGGCUCGACUACAUUCGCAUCCGCAACGGAUGCUCCUGCGAGAUCCAACCGCCGUAAACAAGCGAAAAAAACCAACAACCAACUACUAAACAAAAUUGUUUCGCAACGACGGCUCUGCCAGGCACACACUUUUGUUUUCCAAGCCGAGGAGAGCGGAAUUUUUUUAAAAAGAAGAAAAAAUAAAGAGCAAAUGUUGAUGAUGAU